UACUAGUUCUCAUUUCUACUCUAAUUAUGUUAAAUAUUUCAUAUUCCAUAGAUUAUUAUUGAUAUAGCUUCAUCAUUUUCUUAUGGCCAUUUCUCAUUUUCAUAACACUGAUGAAUAUGGAUUUGAAAGACCAGAAAAUUUUGAUUAUGAAGUAUACGAGAAAUUUUUUUCAAAUUACUUAAGUACUUUAGCACGAAGAUCUAAGAAAUGGCAAACACUAUUAAACCAAAAUAUUGGUUUGAAAAGAAGUAAAUUGUUGAAGCGAUACAUUAGAAAGGGCAUACCGAGUUCACAAAGAAAAUGUGUGUGGUUAGCUAUUGCUGGAGUCAGUCAUGACACAAAUGCAUCACAAAAUUUUUACAAAAGCCAUUUACAUAUUAGUCUUGAACCUGAAUUAUUUGAAGUAAUACGGGCUGAUUUACCUCGGACUUUUCCUACCAAUAUUUUUUUUAACAAAGAAAUUAAUAGACAAAAUCAACUUUGCAACAUACUAGUUGCUUAUGCAAAUGCUAACAAAAAUGUAGGAUAUUGUCAAGGAUUAAAUUAUAUAGCAGGUCUAUUAUUGUUAAUAACUGAUUGUGAAAGUUCAUCAUUUUUCUUACUAAAAUAUUUAGUGGAGGAUCUGUUACCAUCAUAUUAUACACGUUCAAUGGAUGGACUUAUUGUUGAUAUAAAAGUUUUAUCAGAAUUAAUACGUAUAAAGUUUCCUGAUGUAUACAAACAUAUAGUAGAUCUAGGAAUGCCUUGGCCAGUAAUCUUUACAAAGUGGUUUGUUUGUUUAUUUGCUGAAGUUCUACCCACAGAAACAGUACUAAGAUUAUGGGACUGCUUAUUUUAUGAAGGAUCAAAGAUACUAUUUCGCGCUGGUUUAACUUUAGUGCACAUACUUCGAUCCCAAAUUAUGAAAUCAUCAGAUUUUACAUCUCUAUUUCAAUGUUUUCAAAAUGUGGGUGAUAAUUAUUCUGUUUUAGAUUGCCAUGAAUUUAUGAAGAAAAAACAUGCCGAACUUGUCUUGGAAAUUUAAAUGCCGAAUCUAUAUCUUUAUACGAUGAUGUGUUCAUCCAAGAUCAAAAAAUAAUUUCAAUGAAGGAUGUUCUAAAUUUGAAUUGCUGUAUAGAG